CUAUGUUAUACUUGUACAGAACAUACAUGUAGAUGCAUAUAAUCUCACACUUGCUAAUGUGAAAAUAGGUCAGAAAAACCACAUGCUGGUGCUGUCAGAAAACACCCAGACAUAUGGCUGAUGAGUUUGGUCAGAAAAAAAAAAUCAGCUUCAAAAUUAAAUUUAUUUUAGGUACCAGUAUAGCAAUUUCAUAAAUCACAAAUAAAACCUAUAGCCAGCUGAAAUGACUCAACCAAAACAAACACUUUAUCUCAUGCACUCUGACCUUCUCAAAUGCUUUAAUAUCAGUAAACAAUCUGGUCAGUUCAAGUUCAGCGUCUACAUCCUCUUUUCAAGGGUGUAUGAUGGUUUCCUUCUCAUUUUUUUCUGACUGUGGUAGCACUUCCUCUCUGACUCGUAGUUAAGUUUACCAUCUUACCGCAUAUGAGCAAAACAAAGACAGAAUGAGGACGGUGCAACUUUUACUCUUCUGUCUGCUGGUGUGUCAAACUACAGCGAGUUUAACUGAUAAACUUGUGAAUUUAGGGGAAAACGUGACUUUAGACUGUGAGAUUGAUGUAACAGACAUUUAUUGGGUUUUCCAGAAACUGACAGACUCUCCGCUGCUGAUACUGCGAACUUUCACAUCAGAAUAUGCAUCAUCUUAUGUACAAGACCAAAGACUGAAAGACAAAUAUUCAUCACUAACUCAAAGCCGUUUAUUUAUUAUUAAUAUAACUAUUCAUGAAUUAGGAAUAUAUUAUUGUGCAAAACCUGCUACACCAAAACUACAGAUCAGCAAUGGCACCAGACUUUACAUCAAUGAAUCUGCCCAAGAUCAAAAUCAAACUGAAUCUGCCCAAGAUCAAAAUGAACCAGAAGAGAAAUAUCAGAAACAGCCAUGUGAGGAAACAUUGGAGAUGCACAUGAUUUUGUCUGUUACAUCCAUCCUGCUGAAUUUUGUGCUGAUCAUUGCAACAAUAGGUUUGUUAAUGCUCAAACUUAAGAAGCCUAGAAAAAGUCAACAACAAGCCCAGAAUGUGCAACCAGAGCAGAUCGAGGACUUAAACAAUGCACAGUAUUCUGAAAUCAAGUUACCCACAUGUUCCCGAAGAGAAAAUCCCAUUCAGAUAAACGGCACUUAUGCACUUCUUCAGAACCCAAAGCCACGUUCUGGAUCAACACAUGCAGAAAUCAUCACAUCGUGAAACAUGCAAAGUUGAUAAUGAGGUCUGACACCUUCUGUGGGUGUAUCAUUUUCAGUAUGAUUGAGUUUUAUAAAGGUAAAUGUAUUUCUGUCACUGUUUGAAUGAAACCAUGUUAUUUGCUUAUUUAUAAAAUGCAUAAUUUGGAUGUGUUUUGCUACCAAGUACCUUAGACAUGUUAACAGAUCGAUCUUGAUUAAUGUGGUUACAGUUUACAUAAAUGUCCAAUGCAUUAAAAUAAAAUUACAAUGAAAAAAAUGUAUUAAUCCUGAUUCAUUUUUAUUUAGGUUAACAAACAUAACUAGUUUAUUAUAAAGUAUAUUAUUUCAGUUUGAUUGUAUUGAUUUUAAGUGGUUAACCAUGCUGUAUUAGGAUGAUUUAGUUGGUCCUCAGACUGGCCAAGAUGGUGUUUAGCUGGUCUCCCAAAUCUGGACAGCCGACAAGUACCCCAAACACAUC